GGCUUUUUAGACCAAAUCCCGGCAUUUUGCAUUAUACCUGAAAGUAGAUGGGGAAGCAAUGCAGAGCUGGCAAAACAAGUACACUAUGCUAACAUCAUGCCACUUCACCAAGCAGGGUUUUGCCAGGCUGAGCGGUUCCCUGCCUAUACCGUGUUAUCCCCAGCACAGACAGGCUGCUGAUGGACACCUGCUUACUUCCUCUUCAGAGACGGUUAACACAGAUGGACCAGUCGUCUCCAACCUACAUGCUUGCCAACUUAACCCACUUACAUUCUGAACAGCUUUUGCAGGGCUUGAACCUCCUUCGCCAACAUCACGAGCUGUGUGACAUUAUCCUUAGAGUUGGCGAUGUCAAGAUCCAUGCGCACAAAGUGGUACUUGCUAGCAUCAGCCCAUAUUUCAAAGCCAUGUUCACUGGAAAUCUUUCAGAGAAAGAGAACUCCGAGGUAGAGUUCCAGUGCAUUGACGAGGCAGCGCUGCAGGCUAUAGUGGAAUAUGCAUACACAGGGACUGUAUUCAUCUCGCAGGACACCGUAGAGUCACUUCUUCCAGCUGCAAAUCUUCUUCAGAUCAAACUUGUACUAAAGGAAUGUUGCACAUUUCUUGAAAGCCAGCUAGAUCCUGGCAAUUGCAUUGGGAUUUCUCGUUUCGCAGAGACGUAUGGCUGCCAUGACCUCUACUUGGCUGCUAACAAAUACAUUUGUCAGAAUUUUGAAGACGUUUGUCAGACUGAAGAAUUUUUUGAGCUUACACAUGCUGAAUUAGAUGAAAUUGUUUCAAAUGACUGUUUGAAUGUUGUCACAGAAGAGACAGUUUUUUAUGCACUGGAGUCUUGGAUCAAGUACGAUGUGCAGGAGCGACAGAAGUACUUAGCACAGCUGCUACACUGUGUCCGGUUGCCACUGCUGAGUGUUAAGUUUCUUACUAGGUUGUAUGAAGCAAACCAUCUUAUUCGUGAUGACCAUACUUGUAAACAUCUACUGAAUGAAGCCCUGAAAUACCACUUUAUGCCUGAACAUAGACUUUCCCAUCAGACUGUGUUGACGACACGACCACGUUGUGCUCCUAAAGUACUUUGUGCUGUAGGAGGAAAAGCUGGAUUAUUUGCUUGUUUGGAAAGGUAA